AUGACUAUCGAUAAAACUUAUCCUAUUUUUACAGUGCGAUGGUUAACUGUUCACGGACUAGCUGUACCUACCGUUUCUUUUUUAGGGUCAAUAUCAGCAAUGCAAUUCAUCCAACGAUAA